CCUUAAUCUUCUAAUCCAACAAACCGCCGACACCACCAUCACCCUUCUCCAGCUGUUCCUCUCUAUCCCCGACUGCGACCAUCGACCGAGGACGCCGUCGACAUCAACAUGGAUUACGAAGCCCUCAAGGAGCAAUGGGGCGAGGUCGAGGACCGUGAUGGCGUUCGUCUGAGCUGGAAUGUCUUCCCCAGCACCCGCAUGGAAGCUUCCAGACUCGUCGUCCCCAUCGGCGCCCUUUAUACCCCUCUCAAGGAGAAGCCCGACACGCCUCUGCUGCAGUUCGACCCCGUCAGUUGCAAGCAGCCCUGUCGCUCCGUGUUAAACCCCUACUGUCAAGUCGAUGUGCGCGCCCGCCUGUGGAUCUGCCCCUUCUGUCUCUCGAGGAAUCCUCUCCCGCCACACUACAAGGACAUUACCGCGAAUGCGAUUCCACCCGAGCUGCACCCUUCCAACACUACCAUCGAGUACAGGCUCUCGCGGCCCGCCCCCGCCCCUCCGAUCUUCCUCUAUGUCGUCGAUACAUGCCAGGAGGAAGACAGCUUGGCUGCUCUCAAGGAGUCGCUCAUCAUGAGCUUGAGCCUGUUGCCCGAGCACGCCCUUGUCGGCCUGAUUACAUACGGCACCAUGGCCCAGGUCCACGAGAUUGGCUACACCGAGUGCCCCAAAUCAUAUGUUUUCCGCGGUAACAAGGAGUACGCGGCCAAGCAGGUCCAGGAGAUGCUUGGGCUCGUACAACCUGCUAUGCGUCCGGGCAUGCCUAUGCAACAGCCUGGCAGGCCCUUCCCGGCCGGCCCUGCCUCAAGAUUCUUGCUUCCGGUCUCUCAGGCCGAGUUCCAGUUGACCAAGGCCAUUGAGCAGCUUCAGAAGGAUCCCUGGCCUGUCGCCGGUAACCUCAGAGCCUUGCGCUGCACCGGUGUUGCGUUGUCCGUAGCUGUUGGCCUGCUGGAAACGUCGUUCCAGAAUGCCGGUGGUCGCAUUAUGCUCUUUGCUGGUGGUCCGGCCACUGAGGGACCUGGCAUGGUUGUUGGCCCCGAGCUGAGGGAGCCCAUCCGCUCCCAUCACGAUAUCGACCGCGACAACAUCAAGUAUUACAAGAAGGCACUCAAGUUCUACGACAACCUCGCUAAGCGAACUGCGCACAACGGCCACACUAUUGACAUUUUUGCCGGCUGUCUUGAUCAAGUUGGUUUGCUUGAAAUGAAGGGUCUAUGCAACUCGACGGGUGGCCACAUGAUUCUGACGGACAGCUUCACCUCAUCCAUGUUUAAGCAGUCAUUCGUCCGCAUUUUCGAAAAGGACGCAGAUGACAAUCUGCUGAUGGGCUUCAAUGCGGUUUUGGAAGUACUGACAACGAAGGAACUCAAGGUUACUGGGUUGAUUGGUCACGCCGUCUCUCUCAACAAAAAAUCGACGUCCGUCGGCGAAACCGAGUGCGGCAUAGGUAACACUUGCACGUGGAAGAUGUGCGGUAUCGACCCCAGCUCCAGCUACGGUAUCUACUUCGAAAUCGCCAACCAAGGCGGCCCGUCCCAGAACAUGCAGAGUCCUCAAAAGGGAAUGAUGCAGUUCUUGACUUAUUACCAGCACUCGUCUGGCCACUUCCACCUUCGGGUGACCACCAUUGCCCGAAACCUCAGCGGCCCUGCCGGAGACCCGGCCAUCGCGCAGUCAUUUGACCAGGAGGCAGCAGCCGUGCUCAUGUCGCGUAUCGCUGUUUUCAAGGCGGAGGUUGACGAUGGGCCUGAUGUGCUCCGGUGGGUUGACCGCAUGCUCAUCAGGCUCUGCGCCAGAUUUGCCGAUUACCGCAAGGACGACCCGUCAUCGUUCCGCUUGGAAAAGAACUUCACGCUAUACCCACAGUUCAUGUUCCACUUGCGUAGGAGUCAGUUCUUGCAGGUCUUUAACAACUCUCCCGAUGAGACCGCAUUCUAUCGGCACGUUCUCAAUCAUGAGGAUGUUAGUAACUCGCUCAUCAUGAUUCAACCAACGCUCGACUCCUACACCUUUGACCAAGAAGGCGGUGUCCCCGUUUUGCUCGACUCUACCUCCAUUCAGCCUACCCACAUCCUUCUGCUCGAUACCUUCUUCCACAUUUUGAUCUUCCAUGGUGAGACGAUCGCGGAAUGGAGAAAGGCCGGCUACCAAGACCAAGAGGGAUACGAGAACUUUGCUGCACUUUUGGAGCAGCCCAAGGAAGAUGCAAGGGAUCUCAUUACCGACCGUUUCCCUCUCCCUCGUUUCAUUGUUUGCGACCAGGGCGGUUCCCAAGCUCGUUUCCUGCUUUCCAAGCUUAACCCUUCCACUACCCAUACAUCAGGUGCUGGCGCCUAUGGCGGUGUUGGAGCUCAGAGCGCCCAGACUAUCUUCACCGACGAUGUUUCUCUCCAGACCUUCAUGGAGCAUCUCAUGAAGCUUGCCGUGAGUGGAACCAACUAAAUGUGAGGGCAGUGGACAGGCCGAGUGAGAUGCUGGAAGUGAGUGAUGAAGUUAAAUGCAAGCCCCUGAAGCGGUGGACGACUUUGUUGGAAUUGUCUAGCGUUAGUUUUAUGUGGACUUAUACGAGCACACAAAUAGAUCACAUCAUUAAUAUGAAUCCAGUGUGCUGUUUUUGAUGA